UUAAACAAAUAAGUGAAAUAACCCACUCCAAAAUAAAAAAGAAAAACAAAAACAAACGCCAAACAAAAUUCUACGAUAAAUUUCGAUCAAUAUCUUCUCCGUCUUCGCCCUUCUUCGUCUUCUCCCAAUUCCACUCGUUGAAGUUUCGAUCUUUUUGGCAAUUUACCCUGCUUUUCAUGGUGGAUAUGGAUGUGUUUGGAGCUGGGGGUAAUCUUGGAGGAGCUCCUACCACAGAGGAUCUUAGGCAAUUAGGGGGUGCUUCCUCAGAAAAUGCAGUAUUUGAUGCAUCACAAUAUGACUUUUUUGGAAAAGAUUUUGUUGAGGAAGUGGAGUUGGGGGGUUUAGAAGAUGAAGAUGGUGAAUUGCCUCCCGUUGGAUUUGAUGAAGAGGAGGAGAUUUUUUUCAAUAGAGAAGAGGGUGACGAUUUAAGAUCUACUUCAGAGGUUGAUGAUCUCACAACAACAUUUUCAAAGUUGAACAAGGAUGUUAGUGGGUCAAGUGCUGGACUCAUUGGUGAACAUGGAUCAAGAGAAAAUUCAUCUGCUGCUGAACGGGCACAUAGGGAUGAUAUUUAUAAUUGGUAUGAUCAGCAUGAUUAUGACAGUGAAGGUGGUCAAGAUCUCAAAAGAUGGUCAUCACAACCACAUAAUUCAUUGGCUCUGUUACAAGAGUCUAAGGGCUUGUUGUAUAGAACAUCCUCAUAUCCUGAUCAGCAGCAACAUCAACAUUUUUCUAGUGAACCAAUUAUGGUGCCAAAAUCUUCUUUUUCUUCUUAUCCUCACUUUGGUGGCAUGCAACAACAAGAUUCCCCAAAUCAGAGCAUGGGCCAUCUGAAUAUCCCAUUUCAUGCUGGUGGGUCUCAGAUGCCAAUGUCGUCACCUAAUCAAUCUCAUUUGCCUAACUCCCAGAUCCCAUUGGCUGGCCUUUCCCAUGGGUCUCAUUUUGGUGGGAAUUUGCAUCAGUUUCCUAGUGGAUCUCCUGUUAAUAAUCGAAUGCCGAAUCAAUGGCUCAACCAAGGUGAAUUAUAUUCUGGAGAUCCUCCCAACAUUCUGAACAAUUUAUUGCAGCAGCAAUUACCUCUUCAUAAUGGAUCAAUACCUCCUCACUUAGUGACUCAGAUGCAGCAGCAGCAGCAGCAACAGCAACAGCAGCAGAGGAUGCGUCCCCCUCAGCCUUCAACAGGAUAUUUACCUGGUUUGCAGUCCCAUUUAUUUAACCCUAGUAUUUCCUCAGGUUUACCCUUUGAUCAGAUGGCUGGGCUAAUGGAACUAAGGGAUCAAAUACCAAAAUCAGCUCAAAGAGGUAGACAGAACUUUCGGUUCCCCCCUCAGGGUUUUGAUAUAAGUAACAUGAAGAGUAAUAUCGGAUGGCCUCGAUUUAGGUCUAAGCAUAUGUCAACUGAGGAAAUUGAGAAUAUUCUGAGAGUGCAGCUUGCAGCAACUCAUAGUAAUGAUCCAUAUGUAGAUGAUUAUUACAACCAAGCCUGUCUUGCGAAAAGAUCAGCAGGUGCUAAGCUGAGGCAUCACUUUUGUCCAAAUCAAAUAAGGGAACUCCCUCUGCGAGCCUCUACUAAUACUGAACAACAUGCAUUUCUUCAGGUUGAUGCUCUAGGAAGGGUUCCUUUCUCAUCAAUCCGGAGGCCCCGUCCUCUUCUAGAAGUUGAUCCUCCAAAUUCCUCUCCAGCUGGUGGCAAUGAGCAAAAUAUAUCAGAGAAGCCCCUUGAAAAGGAGCCAAUGCUUGCAGCAAGGGUCACAAUUGAGGAUGGUCUUUGUCUUCUUCUUGAUGUAGAUGAUAUUGAUCGUUUCCUACAGUUUAAUCAGCUUCAGGAUGGUGGAAUUCAGUUAAAACGGAAGCGGCAGAGUCUUCUGGAAGGACUUGCAGCAUCACUUCAGUUAGUUGAUCCACUGGGAAAGACUGGACAUACAGUUGGGCUUGCUGCAAAAGAUGACCUUGUGUUUCUCAGGAUAGUUUCUCUACCCAAGGGUCGGAAGCUUCUUGCUAAGUAUCUUCAGCUGCUUUUUCCAGGUGGUGAGCUAAUGCGAAUUGUGUGCAUGGCAAUCUUUCGUCAUUUGAGAUUCUUAUUUGGUGGUCUUCCCUCAGAUCCAGUUGCUGCAGAAACUGUAAGUAACCUUGCAAGGGUUGUUUCAAAGUGCAUCCGUGAAAUGGAUCUUGGUGCACUAAGUGCUUGUCUAGCAGCAGUUGUUUGUUCUUCUGAGCAGCCUCCUCUACGUCCACUUGGAAGCCCUGCUGGAGAUGGGGCUUCCCUUGUUUUGGUGUCUGUGCUUGAGAAGGCAACUGAACUUCUGACUGAUCCUCAUGCUGCUAGCCAUUAUAAUAUUGCAAAUCGUUCCCUUUGGCAGGCUUCAUUUGAUGAAUUCUUUGGCCUUCUGACCAAGUAUUGUGUGACCAAAUAUGACAGUGUCAUGCAAUCAUUGCUUGUUCAAGGUAUACCAAAUAUGGGUGGUAUUGGCUCAGAUGCUGCCAGAGCUAUUAGUAGGGAAAUGCCAGUUGAGCUCUUACGGGCCAGUCUACCCCACACUGAUGAUCGCCAGAAAAAGCUAUUGCUUGAUUUUGCUCAGCGCUCUAUGCCCGUAGUUGGAUUCAACAGUAAUGGUGGCGGUAAUGGCGGCCAUGUGAACUCGGAGUCAGUGCUGAGUUGAUUAUAAUCCAGAUUCCUGAAGGAGAUUGUCUUCGAAGUAAAAAAUGGCACCAAAUCACAUGGGGACAACCUUAUGCUUCUAAUUAUUUCAGAGCAAUUUCUGCUGUGGAAGUAUCAGGUUCAUCUGCCUUGGAAGUCUUGGCCUCUUCUUAUGUUUUACUUGUUAUAUUGCUGAUUUGCCAUGUAGAAUUUUGUGACAAAUUUGCAAUCAGGCCUAUUGUGUAUUAUGAUAAACUUGGCUUGAUAUGUUCCUCUUGUCUUGUCUUUUUCUUCUGACGGGGGAGCUUCCUGUUACGGGGUUGGUGGUCUUCUAGAGAGCAUGUAGUGGGGUAGUAUGUGCAGGAUUAGGUGUAAGUUUGGAUUCCCAUGGUCUUUUAAUAUUAUCAUACAAAGGCAUGGGGAUGGUUGUGUCCAUACCCCAUAUCUACCUUUAUAGGUAA